AUGUCACCGACGGUGGUAGAGAAGCCGGCGAUUAUGGGUGAAGUUCGCGCUUUGCACAAGGCUAUGCAGAAGGAGUACCAGGAACGCCUUGCUCGUAUUACCGAGAGCUACAACACACCCAAUGACGCUUUGAAGCAUUUCAAACUACCAUUCAUGCUUAUCUACAACGCACGCGAUUGCACCGAACUUUGCUUACAAGAUGGAUAUUUCCGUUGUAUCUGUAAAGAAAACAAAGUUGUCAAGUCGAUUCCUGGAUUCAAAAAACAUGUUGAACACAGCAAAGCCUGUUCACCGUUGGAAACAAUUGAUUCUUAUCGGCGAUCUGAUGACGAGAUCAGUGAUGAGGAACUCGAAUUUUAG